UGCAGGGAUCAGAAGGACAUGGUUGUCUCCAUGUGGCAUUUCGCCAACCGUGUUCGACCUGACAUAUCACUCCAAGAGGUGUUCGAGACGGUGUGUGAGGGCACAUGUUUUGCCGGGCCUGUCUGGGAUCACAUCCUUGGAUACUGGAGGGUAAGCAAUGCAGAGCCAAACAGGGUGCUUUUCUUGACCUACGAGCAGAUGCAUCAGGAUCCGGUUGACAAAGUCAGGAAGCUAGCUCAAUUCCUCGGGAGACCAUUUUCCGACACAGAGGAAGAGGCCGGUGUCGUUGCAGAGAUCGUUGAGCUUUGUAGCUUGGAGCAUCUGAAAAAUCUAGAGGCCAACAAGAAAGGCUCCCAGGGGGUGUUCUUGAAGUUCCCAUAUGACUCCUAUUUCCGGAAGGGGGUGGUGGGAGAUUGGGUGAACCAUUUGACACCUGAGAUGGCUAAAUGUCUAGAUGCGAUAUUCGAGGAGAAGUUCAAAGGAUCAGGCUUCACUCUGCUGUGAUGGUUUUUUUUCCGUCAAUGGGUGAAUUUUACCGAUUUAAAAUAAAGCAUCAAUAGGAUAUGCUAGCUGCCUCUUGUCUUCCGCAAUGGCGGCGUUCCACUGUUAUGCUUUCUAUGUUGUUUGCACUAUGAAUAAUUUGUUAUUUGCACUAUUGUAGUCUCUUACGUUGUCCUGCUGCACAAAACUAUCCAGAUCUUAAAUCAUUACGUAUGCAUUGCAGUGUGAUUUUGGUUAGUUAUACUAGUCAACAUCUCGUGCAUCUGCACGGGCUAGUUAUGUUAAUGAUCAUACUUGAACUUUCAUUUCUAGUUCUUAAUUGUAAAUAUAUUUACGAAUUGCGAAGUGAAAUUUGUA